AUGCUAGGGAUCUUUAUUUUAAUCGCUCAUGCUGUUUUAGUUCUUUCAGAUUGCCCAAAUGAUAGUUUAGAUGUAGGUGGAAGACUUAGUUGUAAUAAGCCAAAAUACAUGACUGACAACCUUAUAUGUACAGAGGAGUGCCCAACUCGCUUUUCAGAUGAAAAUGCUUGUCCUAGCUGCUAUAAAUAUUGUGCUGGGCCUGAUCCGUCAAAUACAAUUUUAUUCACUUUAGAAUUUUCUGGCUUUCAAGAUUUUACGUUUGACAGAAUACAGGAUCCCAGCGGCACACUAUUUUUAAACCCAGGAGGAAUCCCAUUUAAUGAUCAAUCACAAAAUUCCCCAUUACCUACCUUAGAUCGUGGCUUUUAUUUUGCCCCUACAUCUGGGAUGUCCAGCAACACAAGCUUUAUCCCAGGUCUUUAUUUUAUUUUAAAUUUAUGAAUAAAAGCCCUUGAUGGUGGAGAAAUUUUAAACGUCCUAAUUGGCCCAAUUUCUUAUAUAAGAAUAUUUUCAGUCCUUGGGAAAUAUCAAUUUGAUGCUUUGAUUAAUAGCUCAGACGGAUCACAAUAUUCUGUUUCAGAGAUAAACGCCAAUUCAUAUUCUUCAUCUUGGCAUUAUGUGUCAAUUUAUUUUAGCCAGGAUAAUUGUAAUACAGCCUCAUUUAGAAUUGAUGUUGAUGGAAGUACAGAUUAUAGCACAUCAUGGACUGAUUCUGAGAUGAGUUUUCCUAGUGGAACUUAUAUUUGAAAUCUCGGAUACAUAAGUCCAAAUGAUUCGUUUAAAGGGUUUAUUUAUUGGCUUCAAACAAGGGUCGAUAAUGAAGUAAAUGGUCCAACGUCAGCUCCGACAGUUGAUUGUGCUGAUAAGCAGUACUGAGAUGGAACUAAUUGCAAUGACUGUGACAGUUCAUGCCCAAAUUGGCCAUGAUGCAUUAGAAGCGACUGCUCAAUUUGCUAUUCGCCAGAUUGUAGCUCUUGUAUAGCUUAUCCGCCACCAUAGAUUUCUAUAGCUAUCCAUUCGGCUUCAAAGCGCUCUUAUCUUAAAAAUUGGAAACCAGAAUUUCAGGCUCAAUUUAGAUUUAAAGAUAUUAACUUAAAAAUUAGCAAACAAAAAUUUACUCAGUUUAGAUUUAGCUACAUUAAUGAUGAUAUAACAUCAAUAAGAAUAGUCCAUAAUAAUCUGGAUUAAUCCAAUAAUUAUACUGGGUAUUCUUUUGCAUCUUGCUCUGCAUGCACUACAGGAAUCCCUCUAUUAUGCUGUGACCAUCUAGCAAUAGAAUGCACCCAAACUUGGACAAGCACAUUAUGCAAUUUUGGGCUACCUAAUGCAGGAGUUUGCUUGUAUGGAACUCCAUAUGGGGCAUGGGACUGUGGAGGAUAUUAUUCUUUUACAGUUUUAACAGCUGAUUUUAAUACCCCAUUUGCUGGGGCAUAUGAUUCAGAAUUGAUUACUGGUAGUAGCUCUUCAAGCUAUAAUUAUUGGAAUACUCCAGAAACGUCUGAUCCAUUACCAGCUAAAAAUAGAGGGCUUUAUUUUGAUUCGAAUCAGUUUUUGAGUGGGUCUAUAAAUUUAUCUAAUACUUGGAGCAUAGGAAUUUGGGCUUAUGUUAUUUCUGGGGCUCUAAUUAGUGAUAGCACAAAUACACUUAUUUUUAGUGCUGCAGGAACUAUUUAUUUUGACUUAUUCUCGCAAUUAAUAAAGAACACUUAUAUCAUUAUUAAUCUGAUAAAAUAUUUUAGAUUUGUCUUAAGUUAAAAUUGGAGAAAAGUUAUUAUAUUUAAUUAUAAUUUUAUUUAAAAAAAUGUUAAAGCAAUGAAAUAAAGAUAAAUUGAUUUUUAAAAAUAUUUUAAUAUAAGCUCUUUAUUUUACUAUGUUAUUUUCUAAAUAACCGAAAAAUACUUACUCCCCUCAAUAGCAAAUAAAAACAUUAAAAUCCCUUUUUUAGGUAAAAAGCCGUGAGCUAACAAAAUAUUUUUAUACACAAAUAAUAAUUAUUAUAAUGAUGUUUCUUGAUAAUUCUGUUUAAUUUUAAACUGCUUUCAUUUUAAAGCAUAAAUUUUAAAAAUUAAAUUAAUAUUUUUUUUCUAAUUUUACGAAUAAAUUUCGAAAAAAAAUUUAGCCCUCUUGUUAGCGAACAAAAUUUUUUUGUUCGUUCACAAAGGGGGAAGUUAAUUAUAUUAAUUGUGCAAAGUUAGAAACUUGAGACAGUACAACAGCAAGCUACGCUGUAUCGAAUCCUAUAACUAUAAAAACAUGAAGCUACAUUUCUUGUUCAGUUGGAUUUAUUAAUAAAUCUACGACAAUAACUCCAUAUCUAAAUAUGAUAGCUGGGACAGCAGUUACAGUUGCAAAUUACGUAUUUAGGCUUCCAGCUGGUAGGCAGCUGUAUAUAGGCAAAGGCUCUCCAAAAUUCAAUGGCUUUAUAAGCUAUUUUCAGCUAUGAGGAGACACCAUUACAGACUUUUCUACACCCUAUAAUCUUUAUGGCUUUACAGGUGGAGUGGUAUCAACCUUAUGGCCAUGUGAGUAUUCCUAUUAUUAUGAUGGAAGCAAUUGCCAGCCAUGCUUAGCCUCAGGAUCUUGCACAAUGGGCUGUACUAGAGGUGCAUCUUGCUACAUUUGUGACGAUUUUUUAUGCGCACAGUGCUCAUCUUUUUUACCAAACAGCUGCACACUAUGCAUUCCUAAUGCUUCUGAAUCUCCUUGCCAAUGCGAUUCUGGAUUUUAUCAGCCUACAAACCAAGCUCUUUGCUCUCCUUGCCAUGCAAAAUGCGCUUCUUGUGUAGGUCCUUUAGAUACUUUAUGCACUUCAUGCAAAUCUGGCUAUUUUUUACUAAUUAAUAAGGUAUAGCUCAUGAAAUUUUAUGGAUCACCUUAUUGAAAAUGUAACCGUUCUAAUAGACUUCAUAUCCUAUACAUCUUAGAGCAGACUCCUCUCUAUAUUUAGAGAGAUAUUUUGAUAUAUAAAAAAUCUCUAACAAGUUCAAUAUUUUAUAUAAUUAAUUUUUUAAAAGUAUUAAAAAAAUUCUAAUAAUUCAGCAAAAUGAAACCAAGGCAUAUUUUACAAUUAAAAAAUAGUUCUUCUCUCUUGAUGUUUGAAAAAUGGCAAUCUCGCGGUAAAAUGACUUGGUCCAAAUAAACUGGCUAGUCAAAAAACAUUUCUGACAAGUGUGGGCUAUUUUUAACUAUGCGCCAAGUGGAUGAUUCUGAUUUGGACAUGGAGUAUUUGUAACGCUUAACGUUCCAGCUUAUUUUGAGACAUAUCAAGUACUAAAAUAUCUAAUAAUAUAAAAUCAAUAAGGAACUGGACUUUUUCUUUAUUUGGUGAUAAAAGUCAGCGUUGCGAAAAUUUUUUUUAUUUUGUAUCUAAAUUUGAGAGAUCUAACUCCCCCUCUGUCAGCGAACAAAACCAACCCUCCGUGAGAGAAUAAAAAUUUUUUAUGAAAAAAUUUUUGAUUAUUAUUAUAAUAAGGAAAUCUCGAGCUAAUUCUGUUUAAUUUUAAAUGAAAUGGCUUAAAUUUUAAGGCAUAAAUUUUACAAAUUAAAUUAAGUUUUGAAAACAAAUUACUAUAGAUUUAUAUAUAAAUAUUUUAAAAAUAAUUAAUAAUAUCCUCCAUAGACAAAAUUUUUUUGUUCGCUGAUGGAGGGAGGAUAAGAAAUCAUCAUAACUAAUUAAACUUAUAUUGUAUUUCAAGAUUUUUCUUAAAUUGAAAUUCAAUUUUUAUAUUAAUCCCACCCCUAAAAAAUGGCUCGUUUAAUUACAUAUAUGGUUCACACUUGUCAAAAAAUUUAAAACUUGUCAUUUUUAAAUCCCAAGCAAUUUUUCCUACGAAAUUGCCAUUUUUCAGACAUAGAGAAUGAAAAGUCAUUUUAAUUGUAAAAAUGCCCUACUCCCCCCCUCCGUGAGUGAACAAAACCAUUAGAAAAAUCGCUAUUUUUUGCCCAAAAAACCCACCCUCCGCGAGCGAACAAAAAUUUUUUUAAUAGAAAAAUUUUUAAUGGAAAAAAAUGUUGAUAUAUAAAUGAUAAUUAGUAUAAUGAAAUCUAGAGCUAAUUCUGUUUAAUUUUAAACAAAUUGCGUUUUAAAACAUAAUUUUACAAAUUAAAUUAAUAUUUGCAUUCCAAUUUUUAUAGAAGUGAGAAUUUUUUAAAUUUCGAGAAAAAAAAAUUCUAUAAAAUUUAUAUAUAAAUUUUUUUAAAAAAAAAAAAUUAACCCCCUCCAUGAGUGAACAAAAUUUUUUUGUUCACUCACGGAGGGGGGGGAGUUAGUAUUAGCUUUCCAAGCUUUCCGAAUUAUCAGAAUUCCUCUUUUAAAAUUAUUAAAAUAAAAAAUAUAUUGAACUAGUUUAAAACGAGGGGUUUUUUAUCAUAAUCAGAAUAUUUCUCUAAAUAUUGAGGGUCUGGUCUAAGAUGUAUAAGAUAUGAAGUCUAUUAGAACGGUACAUUUUUAAUGAUGUUGAUCUAUAAAGGCUCAUGAGUUAUAUGUCUAAUAAACUGUCCAUCAGGAUUUAUAGAGGUUUCCUCAACAAAAAUUUGCAAUUUUUCAUCAAGAAUUGGGCUAAGUUUAUCCCUUUACGACCAAAUAAAGCUUGAUUCAGUCUCAGGGGUACAAGUUGGGCCUACCAGUAAUGCUUAUCCAACCUAUGAGACAGGCGAUUCAUACCCUCAGUAUCUGCAAGGAUAUUAUUUUAAAUCAUCAAGCUAUAUGUUAGCAAAUACUGUGAUAGGCCCAUAUUUUGCUAUAUCUACAUGAGUAUUUCCAAUAUCUUCAGGCCCAAUUGUAACUAAAAUAGUUUCAGGAUUACAAAUUUUUUGUCUGGAACUCAAUGGCGGAUUUCCCAAACUUACGCUUACUCUCAGUGAUUCUUCGUCACUUUCUGUUUUAUCAUCUCAAGAUAUCUUGACAAGCAGCUGGAGCUUUGUUUCAUUCACAGGAAAUAUUAACUCGAGCAGCAACACAGUGACCAUAAACUCAUAUUUUAACUCAAUAUCUACAGGGUCAAGCACGUCUUCAACACAAACUUAUUUUCAGGACCAAAACACUGGAACCCUUUAUAUCGGAAAUGCAGGCACAAGCAGUUUUGAAGGUUUUUUAUACAAUUUAAAAAUUUUUAAUUCAGCAAGUUAUUAUGUCAACGACUAUAAAACUUCAAGCUGCACUUCUCCAUGUACUCAGUGUCCUAGUGACUAUAACUGUCCUAAAACUUGCCCAUUUUUGGAGUUUUAUAAUGGAUCAGUUUGUGAAAGUUGCGCAGGAUCAUGCACGAAUGGAUGUAGAUAUAGCAGCUCUAGCGGUACAUGCACCCUUUGUAAGACUCUACAAUGUUAUGCAUGCGAUUCAUUUUCUGGGUCUUGCUCAAGCUGUAUCACAAAUGCAGAAAGUGAUGGAUCAGGAGGAUGUAAAUGUAAGGCAAAUGCGUUUUGAAAGCCAGGUUAUUGUGAAGUGUGUGAUAUGCUUUGCUCUGUCUGCAAGCAAGCCAGCUAUUUUGAAUGCAGCAGCUGUAUAACGGGAAGCCAGAUGGUAAAUGAUAUAUGUUUAAAUGACUGCCCUUAUGGAUAUGGAACUUCUUGCACAGUAGUCUCAACUGCAGUUGUUGAUUUAUUAUUUGAUAUAGUAAAUUGAAUUGUUUAGGUUUUCAGAAAUAAAAACAUUGUAUUGUCUUAUAAGAAUAUUUUUCCUGAAAUAAUUAAAUCAUUGGGAAUAGUGAUUUUCAAGGUUCUUAUGGUAUUUUUAUUUCUGGGACUUCUUCAAGCACUUAUCAGCAUUUUGUAUCCCCUGAAGCAGUUGACCCUGUACCUGCAUAUAAAAGAGGUCUUUAUUUUGAUGGGAACAUGUAUUUAGAGUCUUCAUUGCCUGUUCAACUUUCUCACAGCUUUUCUAUGGGGACAUGAGUCUGAGAUAUAACUGAUGACACUAUUAUAAGGAAAAAUCGGCUACAAAUAGUAUCAGAUGGAUCUAUGAGAGUAAAACUAAGGAAUAACAUGCAAGUAGAUUCAAUAAUUUCAUUAACACAAAGUAUCCUGCUCUCUGCUUGAAAUUACAUAUCAGUCGUAGUAGCUUACACAUCAAGCACGACUAUUUUUGAAAUUUAUGUCAAUGGAAAUUUAGUGAACUCAUUAAGCAACCCUAAUUUGAUUUUUCGAGACCAAUCAUCUACUAAUUUAAAACUAGGAAGAGGCAGCAGCUCUGGAUUUGUUGGGUUUUUAUAUUCUUUUCAGCUGUGAAAUGUAAGAAUUAGUGAUUUUGUAAGUAUCAUUAAUGGCUUCUCAUUUUGUGGGGCUGGAUUAAAAUCUUCUUGCUUAUCAACUUGCUCAUUCUCAGAAUAUCAAAAUAGUGUUUCUUGCCUAUCUUGCAGCUCAUGCACUAAAGGAUGUGUUAGAGGAAAUUCCUGUAAUAUUUGUUAUGAUAUAUUAUGCUUAGUUUGUACAGGGUUUGGAGCAGGAAAAUGCACUCAAUGCAUUUCUAGCGCUCAUUUAGUUUCUGGCUCAUGCUUUUGCAAUACUUGCUAUGGGGCUUCUAUAGAUGGACUCUCAUGUGUGCUAUGUCCAAGCGAGUGUUCUCUAUGUAGUAUUUCGAUUUAUAAUAAAUGCACUGAGUGCAUUUCAGGGUUUUUCUUGUUUGCCUCAACUGGACAAUGCUUAAGUGAGUGUCCAUCAGGGUAUAUUGAAAAUUCAAUCGCAAAUAAAUGUGAUUAUGUAUCAAAUAUAGGAAUAAGCCUGGAUUUAACAGACCAGAUUCGUCUUGAUACUGUUUCUGGGUUCAAUGUGGGUAUUAAUAAUGCUCAUACUUAUCCAAAUUUUGAUGCUAAUGAUCCAAUUCCAGCUUAUAAAAGAGGCUAUUAUUUUAAAUUCAGCAAAUAUUUAUCAUCGACUGUAAUGAUAGCUCCAUCAUUUACAGUUUCUAUAUGAACUAAACCACUCUCAGGUGGGAUAUUAGUAACCAAAUACAUCUCUAGCGAUAUUUUUAAGAUAACUGUAGACCCAUCUGGGUUUCCAGUCCUCUCAAUAGCAUUUUCCGAUUCAACUUCUACAACUUUAACAGCUUCUACAAGCAUUUUAAACAGUUGGUACUUCUUAAGCUUUACAGGCCAAGUCCAGUCUGAUGGAAAAACCAUUAUUAAUCUCUACAUCAAUGCAGUAUCUACUAGCUCUAUUACAACUACUUCUUUAACCUACUUUAAAGAUACUAUUUUAGGAUAUCUUUAUAUAGGAAACGAUGAAACUUUUGGAACUUCAGGACUUCACGGUUUUUUAGCACGAUUAAUAAUAUACAAUUCAUAUAGCAAUCAAGCUGAUGAUUAUGCCACUUCUUCAUGUGUGACUGGUUGCUCUACUUGUCCAUCAAAUCAUUUGUGCUUAAGUGAAUGUGAUUUCGAUAAAUACCCUGACAGCUGCACAGCUUGCUCUAGCUGCAUCCAAGGAUGUGUAAAUGACUUAUCAUGCAACCUUUGUAGAGAUAAAGAAUGCGAAUCAUGCACUACCUUUUCAGGAGAAUGCACAAGUUGUAUUACAAAUGCUUAUAAAUCAGCUGGUCAUUGCAUGUGUCUUGCAAAUGCAUUAUGAGUUCCCAAGUAAAAUGGUGACGUGAAUAAGUAGGGCUCCAAGAAGAUACGUCCCGAUAGAGCAGAAGACCGGCGCGAUGGGUAGCGAAAGAGCUUUUCGUGAGCAAUUAGACCUUCUCAAAAGGAAGUAUAUGAAAUAUGGUGUUUUGUUUCUCUCCUGAAUGCUUUCUGUUCCUGCCAGAUGGGUAGAUAGGUUUUGCCUACCACAUAGUCCAUCUCUGUUCGAACCAUUGGGGCAUUCUACAGACAGUGGCUCUGCACAAAGGAGCAAAUCUCUGGACAAGUGGGCUAUCCGCUUAUGGCCAGUUUAAAAAUUUAAUUUAUGAGUUCCCAACUUCCAAAGCUGUGAGCUGUGCCAUUCAAUUUGUGCAUCUUGCUCUACACUAAAAUUUAAUGGCUGCCUUGCUUGUAUAUCAGGGUACUAUCUGGUUCAAUCUUUGUGUAUGUCAUUUUGCCCUACUGGAUAUACUGUAAGUUUUAGUAAUUGUAAUGCUAAUCCUUCUUAUACCAAUUUUUUUGUAUUCAAUUUGAUGCCGCAUCAAAUAAAAGAUGUCGUUACUGAUUUAAAGUCAAAUAUACCAGUACUUACAGGCAAAGAUAAUAACUUUUAUCCUAAUUACGAUACAACUGAUCCUAUAGCAACUAUUAAUAGAGGUUAUUAUUUUACUGGCUCAUCUUAUAUGCAGCUGCCUCCUUAUGCAGGUACUACGUCACCACUAUUUACUUUUGCACCAAAAUUUACUAUAGCAGCUUGAAUAAAACCAAUAGUAGGCACUGGGGUUAUUUUUUCUACCUCCUUGGCUAUUGAAAAAUCAUUAGGAGAGAUUAGCCUCUUUAUAAAUAAAUAUAUUUUUUUAGUGAAUGUUUUUAAUAUAAUUAUAUAUAAAUGAAAUCACAGGACAAAUCGUAUUACAUUUUGACAACUUGUGUUUUAAAACAUAAAUUUUACAAAUUAAUUGAGUUUUUUGGAAUAUCUCCAAGUGGGAAUUAAGCAAGCUAACAGCGGAUCAUUUAAAAAAUCGAUAAGCCUUGAACUAAUAAGCAAGUAUCCAUCGCUUACUUUGACUCUAAAAGACUCAUCCACAAUUAUUUAUACAAGCUCUAAUCCCUCAUUAGAGGCUACCCUUUCUCAAUGAAAUUUUAUAUCAGCAAUUUCCAGGCCUAAUGUCAUUUGAUCGGGACUCUUUGCGAGUGAGAUAUUUCCUGGGAAAAUUUGGCCAAAUUUUUUUCUCGUGAGAUUUGCUUGGAAGAUUUCGACAAUAUGUCUCACUAUUAAAAAGUCUAGAGGAAAGAGUAUGGCCCAUUUCCAGCAUAAGCUCUACCCCUCAGCAAACUAUAACUUUAUCUAUAAAUGGAGCAAGCGAUCUGUCAAGCGAUUUGGCCCCAAGCUGACUGAAUGAUUUACUCUCCCCUUUAAAUUGGAACAAAAGAUAAGUAAAUUUGCAUUUUUUCGGCACUUUAACCCCCUUUGAAUUGGUUUUUUCAAUAGGAUAAUUUUAUCGAAGAAUGCAUAAUUUUUAUAAAAUUGGUUUUGAUCUAAUUAAUAGAUAAAAUCCAUAUAGAAUAAAUAAUAUUCAAAGAGUUCUCACACCGAAUCCAUUAACUUUUUUAUUUAAUUAUUCAUAAAAUUAAAUUAAAAUUCAAAAAUAUUGGCUCAAUUUAUAUUUCUUAUAACUUACACAAAAAUUUUCUAAAACAAAUCAAAGAUGAAAAUAAUAAUUUUUAUAAAAUUAGUUUUGGCCUAUUUUAAUGGAAAAAGUACAAAUAAAAUGCUAUUUAAACAAUUUCGUACUGAAUCGAUUAAUUAUUUUAAUUAUUUUAAUUAUUUUUCAUAAAAUUAAAAUUUUAAAUUUAUAAUUAUUUAAACUUUUUAAAAAUUUUAAAAUAAAUUUUAUAGAGAGGAUUUUUCCAAUUUAUAGAGGGAGGUAGAAAAUUCGUUUUUAAUAGCAAUUGGGGCAUGCUAUUCAAGCCCUACAUCUUUAAUAUCAUUUUUUAAUGGAUUUUUAUGGGAUCUAAAAAUCUACAACCAUUUAUAAUAAUGAGAACUUUGCUACCGUUUCCUAUUCACUAUGUAAAACAGAAACAUUAGCCAGUAGCAAAUUUUAUUCAUUUUAAAAGAGUGUAUAAUACACCAAUAGCAGUCAGUAGUUUAGCUUCAAGUUCUUGCAAUUGAUGCUCCCUAUGUCCUAUUGAUAAUGGCAAUGCUUGUAUUGAUCAUUGCGAUUUAGACAAAUACUUGGAUGACAGCAUCUGUGAAGCCUGUUUACCUGGAUGUUUUACAAAUGGCUGCGUAAGAAGUGAUAAAAGCUGCAACUUAUGUAAAGACGUUAUCUGCAAAGUAUGUGACGAAUAUACAAAUACAUGUAUUACAUGCAAAACAAACGCAAAUUUAGUAGGUUCAAUCUGCCAAUGCAAUUCUGGGUAUUAUUGGAACACUAUUAAUGAAGACUGCGAAUUAUGUGAUGUUUCUUGCAAAACCUGCACAUCUUCUAGCUCUUUGGACUGCUUAUCUUGUGCAGAUGGAUAUUAUAGCUCUUUAGGAGUUUGUAAAGCUGGCUGUCCUGUAGGAUAUUCUUCUUCUCCAAGUGGAUGUGUGUUGGCCAAAGAAAAUUUUUUUGACUUAGACCUUAAUACUCUGAAUGGAGUCAUUUAUGAUAAAGCAAGCUCAAUUCCAGUCAUAACUGGGUCGUCAGAGCAAUUUUAUCCAGAUUAUGAAGCUGAUGACCCUAUCCCUGCUUAUUUAAGAGGGUUUUAUUUUAAUGGGCAAUCUUCAGUUUUAAGGCUGCCUGAGUAUUUGACCUAUGCAUCUCCAAAUCUUCUAAUUGGGACUACCUUCACAAUUUCUAUAUGAAUUAAUACAGAAAUUUCCUCGUCUGCUCUGCUAUCGAAGCAUGAUAUUACUAACAAUUUUUCAGUGAUUUAUUCAAUCCUGUUAAUAGGCAGCAAGCCAGCAAUUUCAUUGAUUAUAAAUUCAUCUCCUUUCAUGUACCAGUGCCAAGGCUUGUUUAGAUUAGAUUAGAUAAUAGUGGGUAUUUAGAGUCCCCAAUUCUCACUGGCAGCAUUCUGUACGGCUCUAGCAGCCUGGCGGCACAGCGAAAAUUGUGGCUUUCACACCUGGCAACUUCAAGCCUAGGCCGAAACCUCUGGUUUCUCGGUAGUGAGGCUGCCCUAUUGGGUCAAAGACCUUCACUGGGUGCCGCCAUUUCAAACUUAGUCCCUUCGACUGCCUAGUUACUCUGCCCUGCCUCUCGUAUCGCCCCUUGUUUGGAGCCCUUUUAUCGGAUAGGCUGCCUUAUUGUCUAGCCUGCCUCCUUUUUUCUAGGUCAUUCUUGAGGAAAAAAUCAACCCUUACUCGAUCCAGGGGUACUCCACGAUAUCAGCUUGAACAGGGAUUUACCCUAUUCCAUUUCGAACACCCGCUAGCUCGGGUGCUGCAGGCAAAAGAAGUUAUGAGUAGAGGCCAAUUGAUUAGGCAAUAAACCGGCGGACUUGUGCUUAAGUCCUUCGCUGCAUGGCAUCAAAUAUCUCCGGACCAAUUCCUGACUCCAAAACCAUGCCAAAAUAUAUAUGGGCCUCCAUUACACAAGAGAAAAAGUCAGACGUCAUCGCCAUUUUAUGUAUCUGCCAAUCCUUGCUUAAUAAUUAUGAAUGAAGCCAUGUUGUAUUUACACUAGAGCCAAAUAGCGGUUAUAAUAUAAUGUCAAGCUAUAUAAAUGGGCUAUCUGAUUCCUCUGCGACUACAGGUUAUGGAGCUUUUACUGAUAUCAGUUCUCACACUACAAUUACUAUAGGAGCUCAACUUAGCUCACAAGGACUUUAUAAUUAUUAUCAAGGCUUUAUAUAUAGUAUCCAGAUGUUUAAUAUAAUAAAACCAAUAUCCAGUCUGUCUACUAAAUUGUGUAAUGAAAACUGCAAUGUUUGCCCAACAAGCCAAAUCUGCAUCCCAAACUGCAAAAUAAAUGAAUAUUGGAGUGGACCUGCUUAUAAUAAAUGCUACAAUUGUGAUAUAAAAUGCAAAAAGUCUUGCAGGGACUGACGAGGCACAUGCUCACUCUGCAGUAAUUUAUUAUGUGAAGACUGUAUUGGAUAUUCAUCAGCAGAAUGCGUGACUUGCAAAGAAAAUGCUAUAAACCCUGACUCAUGUAUCUGCGAUGAUAAUCAUGUGCUAGGAACUCCAAAUAAUACCACUUGCAUUCCUAUUGCACAAGGCGGGUUUAGAGGUCCUGAUGGUGUGUUUUAUCCCUGCCCAAAUCUCUGCACUCUUUGUGAAUCUGUUACAAAAUGCACAGCUUGCGUAGAAAACGCUAGCCUCAAAACAGAUCUCUGCUAUUGCAAUCUAGGCUACAAUGGCAUUAAAACUUGUGCAUUGGUUCCUUUUUCAGCCAAACUUGCAGUUCUCUCUGAUAAUUCCCUCUCCCUUACCUUUUCAGAAAGCCUAGCAAAAGUUCUUACAGUCUAUGAUUUUAUAGUAGUGAUUGAAAAGCAAGGAGAAAUCACAUGUAAAAUUGAGCAAGUAAAUAGUACCUUUUAUUAUAUUUCUUUGAACAUAAAAGAGAAAAUUUCUAAAGGCACCUUAGCUACAUUUACAUUUUUAGAUCUAAAAGAAGUAAAAUCAGUGUCUAAUGGCAUCUUAAAUUCAUCAGAUUUUACUGUGGUUUUGAAUUCUUAUAAUCCUGAUCCGUAUUCCUCAGAUGUUGAGGCAAUUACAUCACAAGCAACUGCAAUAACGCAAACUACAGUUGCUGCAGCUCUUGCGUUAUCAUUUAUAAGCCCAAAUCUAAGCUCUUUAUGAAGCAUUGUGAAUACAUUGCAAAUUCUUAAUCUCCUCUCUGAGCGAACAUAAAUAUUGAAAAAUCUCUAUUUUUGGCCAAAAAGCCUACCCUUAAAUUAACAAAAAAUGUUUUAUGAAAAAAUAUUUUGAUAUAUAAGUAAUAGUUAAUUCUGUUUAAUUUUAAAUAGCUCCCAUUUUAAAACAUAAUUUUUACAGAUUAAGUUAAUAUUUGUUUUUAAAUUAUUUUAGGAUUUUUUAAACUUUGAAAAAAAAAUUACUAUAAAAUCUAUAAAAUAAAUCCCUCUACAUGCGAACGUUGCUUGCCUACGGGAGGUUAGCUAUUUGACUUUAUCUGGAAUCCCUUUUUCUAACAAACUAAGAGCGUUUCUGAAUAAUUUGAACAGUUUUAACUUAUUUCCAAAUAUGUUUUCUUAUUUAAUAGAUGAGAAAGAAGGAAAUACUCCAUAUUCUCAAGCUCAGGAUUUUGGAUAUGAGACUGAUCUAAUUUUGAUAAAUCAAGGGAAUGAUUUUACAUUGAUAUUGGCUUCUAUUGUAGCUCUACCAUUAAUAUAUUAUUUUUCGAAAUGCUCUCAGAGAUGAAUUGGUAGUAAGCUUACUCAUUACUUAUUUAUUUUUAAUUAUUUUAUUUAUUUGCUGUCAAGUACUUUGAAUUUAUAUAAAUUGACUAAAUAAUCAUAUAAAAAAUUUUCUAAAGUAAUUAAAUAUAUAAGAUUUGCUUUAAAUUUAAUUAAAUUUUAUCAUAUUUAAAGGUAUUAAAUAUUUUAGAGAAAUAAUUUAAUGUUUCCUUAUAAGGAGUCAGAAAAACAUUAAAAUCAUAUCAAUUUGCAUUUUAUUUGAGAUUUUGGAUUCAAUGCUAUCUUGAAAUAGGAGCUGCAGUUAGUAUAGGAAUUAUCGAAUUAAAGUUUAUUAACGCAACACAAAUAAUCAAUUUUAUUAUCUGUGCAUCAGUUUGCAUAUUACUCAUUAUCACUCCAGGAUUAUUAGAAUACAUUAAAAUGGUGGCACGUGCCAACCUGCCCUCUUGGCGCAGCAGUCCAGACCUUAUGGCUACGGCGAACUGGGACGGACUCCGAGCCGAGAAUCAAAUGCAGGCUCCAGAGGUGUGUAUCCGGAUAGGUUUUGGCUGCUUUCCUGUGGUUGGAAAUGGAGGUGCUCAGCAAAGUCCUUUGGAUCCGAGGACCCAUGGAUUCCUCUACCGAGAAACUGGGGGUUUCGGCCAAGGCCACAGGGGAACAGCCUUUUUCCUGUAGUUGUUGAAGGAAGGCACUUCGACACCCGAUAGACUCCAAGGAGCUGAUCCUUGGAGUCGAGCUACUCCGGUCGCCCGUAGCAGGGCCGCAGAAAUCCAUAAGCCACCCACUCAAGACUGAAGCCACAAGGCAAGGAGGAGAAAGAAGGUACCGGAAGGGCACUCGCAAGAGGGAUAGACCCUCUGGGCUGGAGUCGAAAGCGGAUGAAUCUCCCGUACGGGAGGUCUUUGGUGACUGCGUCACCAAUAUGGCUAGCGCCUGAUUUUAAUAAUCUAAUCUAAAUCUACUCCAGGAUUAUUUUUUGCAUUUUCCUAUAAAAAUAAAAACCAAAUCUUAUUACAUCAAAAAACAUUUUUUGCCUCUUUUGGCUCACUAUUUUAUGAGUUUAGAACUGACCGAGAAUUUCUCACAACCCAAUAUUACUUUGUGUUUUUUGUAAGGAGGCUUAUUUAUAUAGUAAACUUAGUCUAUUUAAGAAACUACCCAGAAACAGAAGUGACCAUUAAUAUUGUGCUUUCCUUAAUGACUAUCAUGCACCUAUUACUUUAUUCUCCUUUUAAAGACCAAAUAUAUCAAUUAAGCAACUUAGUUUCUGAAAUAUUGAUAUGUAUAAUAAUGGGCUCCACAGCUGCUUAUUUAUUUAAUCUUGAGUCAAAUGUGAUAUCUAAAAUUGAAAAUUGUAUUGUGAUUAUUAUUGUCAUAAUAAUAGGGGUUCAGUUGCUUGCUUCAAUAACUAUUUUAGUUAGGACUGUAUAAUCUAGGAUAGAUUUUGAGUUGCCUUACACUGUAAAACUAUAAGCAACUUCCUGAGCUUGAUUUCCUAGACAAGUUGAUGGAGUUGACUAUGCGAUGUCUAAUAUGAGAAAUUUGUCAGCUUUCUGAGUUUAUUAGCUUGAGUUUAGUGAGCGAACUCAGGGAAUGGCUGGGUUUCUUCAUAUAAUAGCGGUCUAAAAUUGCUCUUGGGCUAUAUAUGAGUUUUUUAGAAUUAAGUUCAACACUGGAAAUAUUGACAAAGCAAAAAUACUUCCGAUUCAAAGCCAAAUUGUGCAAAAAGUAAAGAAAGCUAAUCAAAAAAUUAUUUUAUAA